GCUAGCGCGUUGUUGAGAGGAUUGCCGAGAGCGGGAAGUUAAAAAAGGUAACGCUGCGCGGAGCCGCGGAGCAGGCGAGGAGAGUAGUAGCUCAGAAAGAGAGAGUUGUAAGGAAUCUGAAGUAUACGAGAAAGCAUGAUGUCUUCAAUGUGGUCUGAAUAUACAAUUGGCGGGGUGAAGAUUAACUUUCCUUGUAAAGCUUACCCAUCACAGCUUGCUAUGAUGAAUUCUAUUGUUAGAGGAUUAAACAGUAAGCAACAUUGUUUAUUGGAGAGCCCCACAGGAAGUGGGAAAAGCUUGGCCUUACUUUGUUCAGCUUUAGCGUGGCAGCAGUCUCUUAGUGGGAAGCCAGUAGAUGAAGGCCUAAGUAAAAAGACUGAAGUACCUUUCUCAUGCUGUUGUACAUGCCAUUCAAACAAUUUUGCAAAUGACAACAUUGUGAACCAAGAGACUUCACACCAUUUCAACAGUCCAAGUACUACAUCUUUUGAAAGAAAUAGCACUUCAUCAACUUGUCAAGACUCUCCUGAAAAAACAACGCUGGCUGCAAAGUUAUCUGCCAAGAAACAGGCAUCCUUAUAUAGAGAUGAAAGUGAUGAUUUUCAAGUAGACAAGAAAAGAAUUCGACCAUUAGAAACUACAAAGCAGAUUAGAAAACGUCAUUGUUUUGAAAAGGAAGUACAGCAUUUGGAUGCAGAAGUUACUUCAGGAAAAACCAUAAAACUCAACUCUCCAUUAGGAAAGAAAAACUCCUUUUCUUCACAUACUCCCCCUGGCCACUGUUCUAGGUGCUGCUGUUCUACUAAACAAGGAAACAGUCAAGAUUCUUCAAAUACUGUUAAGAAGGAUAAUGGGGGGAAUUCCAAGAUACCCAAAAUAUAUUUUGGAACACGCACACACAAGCAGAUUGCUCAGAUUACCAAAGAGCUCCGGAGAACAGCAUACUCGGGAGUCCCAAUGACUAUUCUUUCCAGCAGGGAUCAUACUUGUGUCCAUCCUGAAGUAGUUGGUAACUUCAACAGAAAUGAAAAGUGCAUGGAAUUUCUAGAUGGAAAAAAUGGCAGAUUCUGCUAUUUUUAUCAUGGUGUUCAUAAAAUGAGUGAUCAACACACAUUCCAGACUCUCCAAGGGAAGUGCAUGGCAUGGGAUAUAGAAGAACUUGUCAGCCUGGGGAAGAAAUUAAAAGCAUGUCCAUAUUACACAGCACGAGAACUAUUAGAAGAUGCUGACAUAGUAUUUUGUCCCUACAACUAUCUUCUAGAUGCACAAAUAAGGGAAAGUAUGGAUAUCAAUCUGAAAGAACAGGUUGUUAUUUUAGAUGAAGCUCAUAACAUUGAGGAUUGUGCUCGGGAAUCAGCAAGUUACAAUGUAACAGAAGUUCAGCUUCGGUUUGCUCGGGAUGAACUAGAUAGUAUGGUCAACAAUAAUAUAAGGAAGAAAAACCAUGAACCUUUGCGAGCUGUAUGCUAUAGCCUCAUUAAUUGGUUAGAAGCAAACACUGAACAACUUGUAGAAAGGGAUUAUGAAUCAUCCUGUAAAAUAUGGAGUGGAAAUGAAAUGGUCUUUAAUUUACACAAAAUGGGCAUCACCACUGCUACUUUUCCCAUUUUACAGGGACAUUUUUCUGCUGUCCUUCAAAAAGAGGAAAAAGUCUCACCAAUUCAUGGUAAAGUAGAAGCGAGAGAAAUACCUGUUAUUAGUGCUUCAACUCAGAUAGUGCUCAAAGGACUUUUUAUGGUGCUUGACUAUCUUUUUAGGCAAAAUAGCAGAUUUGCUGAUGAUUAUAAAGUUGCUAUUCAACAGACUUAUUCUUGGACAAAUCAGACUGAUAUUUUAGAUAAAAAUGGGUUCUUGGCUCUACUCAAAAAUAAGAAACGUUCUCAACAGAAAAUUGCAAUUCAUGUGCUACACUUCUGGUGCUUAAAUCCAGCUGUGGCCUUUUCAGAUAUUAAUGGCAAAGUUCGGACAAUUGUUUUGACAUCUGGUACAUUAUCACCAAUGAAAUCCUUUUCAUCAGAACUUGGUGUUACAUUUACUAUCCAACUGGAGGCUAAUCAUGUCAUUAAUAAUUCACAGGUUUGGGUUGGCACCAUUGGGUCAGGCCCCAAGGGUCGGAAUCUCUGUGCUACCUUCCAGCACACUGAAACAUUUGAGUUCCAGGAUGAAGUGGGAGCAAUUUUGUUAUCUGUGUGCCAGACUGUGAGCCAAGGAAUUUUGUGUUUCCUGCCAUCUUACAAGUUAUUAGAAAAAUUAAAAGAACGUUGGCUGUACACUGGUUUAUGGCAUAAUCUGGAAUUGGUGAAGACGAUCAUUGUAGAACCACAGGGAGGAGACAAAACUGAUUUUGAUGAAUUACUACAGGUGUACUAUGACGCAAUCAAGUACAAAGAGAAAGAUGGAGCCCUCCUGGUAGCAGUAUGUCGUGGUAAAGUGAGUGAGGGCCUGGAUUUCUCAGAUGACAAUGCCCGUGCAGUCGUAACAGUAGGAAUUCCUUUUCCAAAUGUGAAAGAUCUACAGGUUGAACUAAAACGAAACUACAAUGACCAACAUUCAAAAUUGAGAGGGCUUUUACCUGGUCGUCAAUGGUAUGAAAUUCAAGCAUACAGGGCCUUAAACCAGGCCCUAGGUAGGUGUAUUCGACAUAAAAAUGAUUGGGGAGCUCUUAUUCUAGUAGAUGAUCGCUUCAGAAGUAACCCAAGUCGCUAUAUAUCUGGACUUUCUAAAUGGGUACGGCAGCAGAUUCAACACCAUUCAUCUUUUGAAAGUGCACUGCAGUCCUUGGCUGAAUUUUCCAAAAAGCACCAAAAGGUCAUAGAUAUAUCCAUAGAGGACAGAAAGUCUACACAGAGCAAUGAGUCUAUACUUGAAGUGACCCAUUUGAAGGACAACACCCCAACUUCUUUAUUGGAAGCAGCAAGUCAUCUAUCACCAGAAAAUCCUAGGGAAGACAAAGCAAAAAUAUGUGUCCAGGAACAUCAGUGUCCUAAAAUAAUCACUAGAAAUCCAUCUCUACCAAGUGGCAUCAUCUCCAAAAAGGAGAAAAAUGAUCCAAUAUUAUUGGAAGAAUCCAUCCAGGCAAUGAAUGGAGAAAAAAUUGCGAUUUCCAGAUCCACAAGCCCAACCUUCAGCAAACAAACAAAGAAAGGUAGUUGGUCUAUCUUGAAUUCUCUGGGACAGAAUUUUCCUGGUCAAAUACUAACUGUAACACCAGAGCUCAGGUCAUCAGAAGACUGCCCCUCUAGUACUUCCACUUUCAAAAUACAAACGAUGGAAAGUAAAACUGUUUUGCCACUCAUUGAUCAAUGUGAGUCCCCAUCUCUGACUAUAAACACAUCAUUUGGACCAUGCCCUCAAUCAGAAACUACUGUUUCAUCAAUGCAGCUUGAUACUGCUCUUACUAAAAAAAAUCAUUCCAAACAGCUGCUCUGCUGUGAAGAAGCCUUGGAUCCAGACAUUGAGUUGUCUCUAGUCAAUGAAGAAGUUCAACUUUCCACUUCACAUGGGAGCUUUGAAACAGAAGCAGAAGAUGAAUCUAUCUAUUUUACACCUGAACUUUAUGAUCCUGAAGAUACCAAUGAAGAGAAAAAUGAACUAGUUGAAACUGAAAUGGGGAACAGAUUGACUAAUAAAUCAAAUUACAUUUUAGCAGAAGACCUUUUUGAGAUUAGAACUGUGAAAGGAGUGGAUUCAAUCAGAGAAAUGAAAGCUGAAGAUUGCACAGACACAAAGUUGAAUACAAUCAUGAGUACUGAAGAAAAUAAAAUUCAUGACAUUGAUGGUAAUGUAAAAACAAGAACUAGUAUAAACAAAUUGGAACUGGGAAAAACUCAUGAUAUGGACAUAAAGGAUGUUCAGCAGUUACCUUCCAAAAAUAAAAGGUGUGUUCCCUAGUGUUAGGUAAUAAUACUUAUCUGACAAGCUGUAAAAAUAUGUUGUCGUGAUUAUAUUAAACUCUAUUGUAAAUAAUAAAUUAUAUAUUUGAU